AUGACUCACCAGUUUCCCGCACUGACUCCCGCCCAGAAGAAGGAGCUGCAAGACAUUGCCCUGAGAAUCGUGGCCCCCGGCAAGGGCAUCCUCGCCGCCGAUGAGUCCACAGGCAGCAUGGCGAAACGCUUCACCCCCAUCGGUGUGGAGAACACAGAGGAGAACCGCCGGCGUUACCGCCAGCUGCUGUUCACGGCAGACGAGCGCAUCGACAGCUGCAUCGGCGGCGUCAUCUUCUUCCACGAGACACUCUACCAGAGCACCGACGAUGGCACGCCCUUCUCCAAGCUCAUCAAGGGCCGCGGCAUUGUCGUCGGCAUCAAGGUGGACAAAGGUGUUGUUCCCCUGGCUGGAACCAAUGGAGAGACUACAACUCAAGGUCUGGACGGGCUGUCAGAGCGUUGCGCUCAGUACAAAAAGGACGGCGCCGACUUUGCCAAGUGGCGCUGCGUGCUGAAGAUCAGUGAUACCACCCCAUCCGAGCUGGCCAUCUUUGAGAACGCCAACGUGCUGGCCCGCUACGCCAGCAUUUGCCAGCAGAAUGGUAUUGUUCCCAUUGUGGAGCCAGAGAUCCUCCCUGACGGAGAUCAUGACCUGAAGCGCUGCCAAUAUGUCACCGAGAAGGUUCUCGCCGCUGUGUACAAGGCUCUUUCGGACCACCACGUCUACCUGGAGGGCACUCUGCUCAAGCCCAACAUGGUCACUGCCGGACACGCCUGCCCCAGCAAGUACAGUGGCGAUGAGAUCGCUAUGGCGACCGUCACCGCCCUGCGUCGCACCGUGCCUCCUGCCGUCACUGGCGUCACCUUCCUGUCGGGCGGGCAGUCCGAGGAGGAGGCCAGUGUCAACCUCAACGCCAUCAAUACCUGCCCCCUGGCCAAACCCUGGGCGCUGACCUUCUCUUAUGGCCGCGCGCUGCAGGCCUCGGCCUUGCAGGCGUGGCGAGGGGACCUCAACAACGAGAAGGCCGCCACCGAAGAAUUCAUCAAGCGUGCCCAGGCAAACGGACUGGCCGCCAUGGGCAAGUACGAGUCCUCUGGCAGUGCCGGCGCAGCUGGACAGUCCCUCUACGUGGCCAAUCACGCCUAUUAA